UCCCCUCCCAGUAUACCCCAGUCCCUCCCCCUGGGACCCUCUGGAAUUUCUCCUCCCUGCCCAGGGAUCAAAGGUCACGGAAUGGAGCGGGAAAGUCUCGGGGCACUGGUGAUACUGGGAGUUCUGUCCCUGGCCAGAGGAGACCCCCCUGAUGCCACCAGUCCCUUCCAUUAUGACUGGUGUCACCUGCGUGUUGGUGGCCUCGUGGUGGCCGCGGUGCUGAGCGCAGUUGGGAUCAUUAUCCUGUUCAGUGGGAUGUGCAAGUGCCGGAGCAAGGCCAGCCGCCGAUGCCCGUCCCCGGAGCUGUCACCUGUACCUGGGACAGGAGCCACCAGCUCGUGCUGAGCUGUCCCCAAGUGUCCCCAAAAUGUCCUGAAAUGUCCCCAAAAUGUCCCCAGAAAAGGACGAUGAAUAAAAUUGGGUGGA